GCAGAGCCUAGUGCGGACAUGACAGCACUACCUAACCGGGCCCUUCUCCGGCUGCGGCUUUUCGUGUCCUGGCUAAAGCCCCGAGCCGGGGCUGCUGCCGCCUACGGUACCUCAGUGACCUCGGCUAAAGUGGAAGUGAACGGCGUCCACCUGCAUUAUCUACAAACUGGAGAAGGAGAGCACGCGGCUCUGCUACUUCCUGGAAUGUUAGGAAGUGGCCAAAGUGAUUUUGGACCCCAGCUCAAGAACUUGAAUAAGCAGCUGUUCACAGUAGUAGCCUGGGAUCCUCGGGGAUAUGGCCAUUCCAUCCCCCCAAAGCGUGAUUUCCCCGUGGACUUCUUUGAAAGGGAUGCAAAAGAUGCUGUUGAUCUGAUGAAGACACUGAAAUUUAAAACAGUUUCUUUGCUGGGAUGGAGUGAUGGUGGGAUAACUGCACUCAUUGCAGCUGCAAAGUACCCAUCUUAUAUCAACAAGUUGGUAAUUUGGGGAGCAAAUGCCUGUGUUACUGAUGAGGAUGAAAUGAUUUAUCAUGGCAUUCGAGAUGUUUCAAAGUGGAGUGAGAAAGCAAGAAAACCUCUGGAAGCACUAUAUGGAUAUGAAUAUUUAGCCAAAACCUGUGAGAACUGGGUGGAUGGAAUAUUGCAGUUUAAAAAUCUACCAGAUGGUAACAUUUGUCAACAUUUGUUGCCCCUUAUAAAAUGUCCUACUUUAAUAAUACAUGGCGAGAAAGAUCCUUUGGUUCCACGUUUUCAUCCAGAUUUUAUCCAUAAACAUAUUAAAGGUUCACGGUUACAUCUGAUGCCAGAAGGCAAGCACAACCUGCAUUUGCGCUUUGCAGAUGAAUUCAACAAACUAGUAGAAGACUUCCUACAGUGAAAAAAAAAAAGUGGCCAAAAUCUUUCUGGUUUUCACAUACGGCCAUCUUUAAAUCAUAUUGUAAAUUGCUUUUCUUUUAGAAAAAAUAAGAAUUAUCAGGAUCAAUCAUGUUUAUGAGAGCACCUUAAUUUUGUAGUAAUAGCUACCCCAUUCCCAAAAAGUAAAUCUUACUAAUGAAAUUUCUUACUGAUAAAUUGUCAACCCCUUCCAAAUUCUCCGUUUCUUCCUGUAAAAUUCCUUUAGUUCUAAAUAAAUUGCUGUAGAUUGGGC